AUGUUCCUUUUUCUGAUGCAGUCGCCCUUCACCAAACCACGCAUGGUCCGAUUUGUGGACGUCGUGAGGAUCGAAGGUAAAGAAGCACCGUCACUCAAACUGUCCGUUUCAGGGCCGACGAUCAACAACCCCCAACAACGCGGUAAAACUGCAACAGCUUCCUCGUCGUCGCCGCCGUCGCCGUCGAUGGAGCCUGAAAUUUGGGACGACGAGUUCGAGCUCGACGAGCCAGUGCCCAGCACCAGUACAGCGCCACCCCGACGGACGUCACACGAACUCUCCUCCGACGAGGACGACUUUGGUUUAUGGGACAGCGAGGACCGUACCCUCACUGCUCGUUCGUCGCGAAAGCCGUCGACACCGCCGCCACCAGUGCCGCCACUUCCUUCGUCGCUGCUGCACUCACCCACCGCCUCGCUCUUCUCCGCUCCGUCAUACCAUGCCAACAACUCAUCUACUCACCUCCGGCCAACGUUCUCUCGGACGUCUGCCUCGACCCUAUCACAUCUACCACCCUCACCGCCUAUCGCUCGACGAAGAUUGAAGAAGAAGAGCCGGCCUCCGGAGACGAUGGGAAUGUUUGAGAUGCAAGAGUUCAGCGAGGAGGAAUUACCGGCGGCACGAGAGAAGGAUGAUGAUCCUCCGACUUCGCCAACCGUCCUGGCGAGAAUUGGGAGCGUCAAGUCAAAGUGGGGCCUCAGACGAAAACGAGCGAGCGCGACGCCCGCCGAGGUCGUCCGUGACGAACGACACGAUACUUCAUGGUUCGCUCAUUCUCCUUCAGUAAAUAAACGAAAAUCAAUGUCAGGAUUACCCGCAGACAUGGAGGCUGAGCUGAAUUCAACACCAACCCCAAAAGAAGGUAGCCGUAGUUGGAUGGGCAAUGUUCGACGCUUAAGUCUCGGGGGCAAGCAUAAACGGGGUAUAUCUAUUGGUACUCCUGGUACUUCAGGUCCUGACAUUCCCUCGGUGGAGCUACUACCGUCUCCAUCAAAGGUGGCUUCACUAGGACGGACCGCCGCUCCGAGCACCGCGCCUGUAACACGACGUAAUUCUCUGGGUGACCUUAAGAUUCCCCCUCGCGUAGCUCAAGCACAAGUCGGCCUACGCAGAGAUCUAGGCCUGGUCAGGGAGUUUGCACAGAGCGUUGACGAGCUCAAAGCCCUGCAAAACACCUACCAGGCUCUUGUUACUAAACUCGACCCUCUUCUCGCUCAGCCCCCUCCACCUCCUUCGUCUUCGCCCUCUAUUCCUGUUUUCCGUCCCCGAGGACGAUCAAAAUCCAACGCGAAACAUCUCGCAGCGGAAUACUAUGGACUGGAAAAGAAGAUGAACCUCCACCACCGCCGCCCACUUGCCCUGCCCAUAGCCUCGCCCUCUCCUGCCUGGCGCGCUUCUACUGGUCGACACGAUCUCAGCCAACGUCAACUGCACCUAUUGCACGAGAUGCUGGCUUCCCCUCAAUCCCAGCAAUCCCAGCAUCCAACUACAAUCAACCGCGAAUGGCGCUGGGGAGACAGCACUAUAACACUCCCGUCGCAGUCAGAAGACUCAUCGAGCCAAGCCCCCGAGGAUGAUGCUAGGAAGAAAAGACGGGGGAGUAGGCUUGGUCUGGGAGGGCUGAGAGACGCGCUGAAGGCUUUGAAAUGGCAUCAGCACAAUCACGAACAUCAUCAUCACGACCAUAAUCAUGAUCAGCGUCAGAGCGCAAAUCAAUCAAAGGCAUCACUGCACUCGAAUGGUAAUGAUGGUCAUUUGUACCCUCAUGCCAGACUUCCAACGUACGGUCGUCGACGCGCUAAGACGUCGACUGAGCCCUACGAGUCCUAUUCUUCUCUAUCGAAUGGACAUGGAAAACCUGCAUCGAGUCCACGAAGACCCUCGCUCGCAUCUAUCUUCCGGAUUGGAUCGAGCAAAACCUCGAGUUCCAAAUCGAGCAGUGUGACUGGCGGUGCAGAUGCGAGUAAAAGUAAUCUUAACUUGUCGUUAGUACCUACGACGAGUUCAGAUUAUGGAUGGGAUCAUUUUGACGAUCGGGAAGAGCACGUGGAUACGAUUCGUGUGAAGAAUCGGCUAUCGAAUGUUGAGGAGGAAGCAAGGUCGAAUCGGUUUUCGCAGCCUGGACCGUCGACUGUGGUUCCACCACUUCCGAAUGGGUCGGCAUCUCAUCCGCCUGAUGGACAUGUGAAUGGAUCUACCAGACCGCCGUCCCUUCCGCCAUUAGACAUCAAAGGCAAGGGGGUGCUAAAAUCUGGCUCCGUACGGUCGAUGCCACCGACUCCUGCGGUGGCGAUGACCCCGGAGAACAUUAGGCCCUUGCUGGAUAAUGCGAGGGAAGUGAAGAGGUGUCUGGAAGAGUGUAUUGAGGAGCUGAGGGUGCUAUUGAGGCAGGUCGAGGCGGCGGAGAAGUAG